AUGACCCAGAUACUCUCCACUUCGUCAAAAGACCAGGAGGACGAGUCAUCUCCUGGAGCUAACGCGGAAUCUGCGGCAUUGCAUCAAUCCAUUCACCAUCCAUCCAUCGUUUCGCUCUUUUCUGUCUUCUCCAUUCCAAGCGCUACCUACCACGUCCUAGAACUCUGUCCUCAAGGGACCCUCUCCGACUACCUCUCGCAGCAUUCGAAUUCCCAUCGUCUCCCCGUACUCUCUGACAAUCAACUUCGAGGCGUCCUGAAGAGCGUCGCUGACGCACUGGCCUACCUGCGGAAAGAGCUCGUCCUGCACAGAAAUCUCAACCCUACCAACCUAUUAAUUACCAACGAAUACCGCAUCAAACUCGGCGACUUCUCCCUGGCGAUCCGCCUUCCUACGGUAAACUCUACUUCCUCUAUUCUCUGCGGCGCCCCGAAUUACGUCUCACCCGAAAUGAUUGCCCGCAUUCCCUACAGCUUCCCCACCGACCUUUGGUCUCUCGGAUGCGUCCUGAUAGCAUGCCUGAACGGCAUCCCACCUUUCGAGGCCAGUUCCAUCGCGGCAACACAUGAACGCAUUUCACGAGGAAAAUACGAAUUGCCUACAGACACGUCGCUCCACACCAAAGACUUGAUUUCGCGGUUAUUGCGCACGGACCCCAGGCGACGGAUUGACAUAGACGACGUUCUGUCGCACCCGUUCCUUGACCCUUCU